GAGCGUCGGCGCUGCCGGAGCAAGGGCGUGCCCGCAGCCGCCGUGCCGAUCAGCGCCGCCUCGCGCUGGGGGGCGGGCCCCAGCGACCCGCGCAGCACGUUUGCGGCAUCGGAGUUCGAGGUGGCGUUGAGGACUUCGCCAUCGGAGGCUCAUCGCCGCCAGUGGCGCGGGCAGAGCUGGGCGGCGCCCGCCGCGAAGGCCGACUCCAGCGAGGAGGCGGUCAAGGCAGCAAUGCAGGAGGCUAGGCGUGCAGAGGUUGAGAGUCAGAUUGCAAAUGACGUUGCGACUCUCUUGGCCCAGGCGCAGCCCGAUGAUGGAGAAUGGCAGCGGCGUGCAGCAGCUGAGGCUUCAGGUGGCAUGUCCGAGCCCAAGGCGGAGGCCAGCGCCGAGGUUGAGUCCAUCAACUCGUCGGGGCACCCGUCCGAGGCCGAGGCUGGCGGCCCAGGCUCCUUCACCCCGCUCGCCAUCAAGGCGAGGACCAAGAGCCGUGCGUCUCCAAGCCCUUCUGAGAGCCAAUCGCCUCCGUCGAAGCGGGCAAGGAUCAUGGCGAAGACGGCCGCUGAGCAGUGCAGUCCGAUCUACACGCCGACGCCAGAGGCCGAGUACGACGCGCAGACGGUGGACCAGCCGAAG